GACACACACUCAGACUGUCAGAAGAUGGACAUCACUCCCUGUUUCUGUGUCGCAGCUGCAGCCGUGUUACUCUUCACUCUGCUGUGGAGGCCUCAGGAGGGCUGUGGAGCCAGACUCUGGCUCGGCACCUGCGGGGCCCUCUGCGGGGUCUUUGGGGCCCUCGGGGCUGCGCUGUGCUAUCUCACUGCUCUUCCAGCAGCUGUCUGUUGUUCAAUCCUCAUCGGCUGCAGCUUCGUCCUGAUGAUCUGUCAGACUGAGAGGAGAGUGGAGCCGCUGCAGAGCAAAGCAGUGGUCAUUACAGGUUGUGACUCAGGUUUCGGUCAUGCUCUGGCGAAGCGGCUCAGCGAGGCGGGGGUGAAGGUGUUUGCUGGUGUUCUGGAUGUGAACGGAGUCGGAGCUCAGCAGCUGAGAGAACGAGGAUCUGAAAACCUGCAGGUGCUGCAGCUCGACGUCACCGACAGCUCCCAGAUAGAGACGGCACACAGGAUCAUCUGUUCUCAGGUGGCUGACACAGGUCUGUGGGGUUUGGUGAAUAACGCAGGAGUCCUCCUCUGUCCGAUCGACGCAGAGCUCCAACCAAUGACAGCAUACAAACGCUGCAUGGACGUGAACUUCCUGUCUGCUGUGAGGAUGUGUCAGGUGUUCCUCCCCCUGCUGAGGAGCUCUAAAGGACGCAUUGUCAAUGUGUCCAGCAUGGCAGGCGAGGUGCCGAUGCCGAUGUUUGCAGCUUACGGAGCGUCGAAGGCAGCGCUCAGUGUUUUCUCUAAUGUGAUGAGGCUGGAGUUAUCUAGGUGGGGCGUCAAAGUGGCUUUAAUUCAACCAGCAGGAUUCAGAACAAAUAUCUUCGGGACCAGCGAGGACGCCGCUCGCUACACAGACGAGAUCCUCUCAGACAUUUCCCCUGAGGCCAGAGAGGACUAUGGGGAGGCUUAUAUCUCAUCUCUCCCUGCCAGUCUGUCCAAAAUGUCCCGUGAGUCUCCGGAGGACCUGUCUCCUGUGGUGGACGCCAUGAGUCACGCUCUGCUGUCAGUCCAUCCUAAACCCCUUUACACCCCCGGGCAGAUGGCGUGGUUUUUCCCGCUCCUGCACCGCUGCUGUCCCACCGCCAUGUUCAGCGCCAUAAUCUCAAGGUUCCCCAAACACACAAACUAUAAACCAGCAGCACUCAGCAGGAGCUGA